UAUGUCAGUUGCUUACCUGUUGCCUUGCCCGUCGGUCCGGCCGUCAUGUUUCUCUCGUGAGAACCACACACACAAACCAGUUGUGGAUUUCUGUGUGUGUGUGUGUGUGUGUACUGUGUGUGUCUGUAGUGUUAUCGAUAGUGUUUUGUUUCUUCGAUUUGAACUCUUUAACGAUUGAAAGAAAUCGACCCGAAAUUGUUUUGGGGUUCAUUUGAAUUGAGCGCGCUUGGCCGUUUUCGUGAUAGUGUGUGUGUGUUUUGUGGAAGGGUGGGAACAUUUAUCCUUACAAACAAAACAAACGGACAACGCCCCUGUCCAAUUGCGACGUCUUCUUCGUUCGUUCGUGUAACCCAAAACCGAAACGGACUUACAAAAAUGGUGCAGUUAUCUUGGCUGGCAUCUCUUCGGCCGCGAGAAGCCAUGGAGGCUAAGCAGAGGGCAUCCGUACAAUGGCUUCUCUCCAAAUCGUACAGUCACCAGGUGCCAGAAGAUGUCAAGGAGCCAUUCUACCGCGACGUCGAGGAUCAAGAGUAUCUGAAGCCAUCUGUAGUGCACGCCCUGGCCAAUGCCGAGCUCUAUUGCCUGGCACUAGCUCACAUUUAUGCCGAUCCCAAUUACAGCCAGCUGAACCACUGGGGCGUGAUCCAGGCACUGGCCAGGAAGGGCGUCUACGUGGCCGAGCCGUCCGACGUGGCCCUGACGGAGACCACGCUCAUUCACACAUCACCACUUCGAAUGAGUGCUCACAUGGCCGUCAUGGAAGGCAUCAUGAACCUGUUUGUCAAGGAAGUCGUUUCAGCCGAACGGGUUGUGGCCGCCAUUAGGAGAUUCGCCGACCUGGACGCCUCCCAGACGCCAGCCCCCAAAGAGGCCGAACAGGCCCUCCUCCUUUGGAUCACCAAAGCCUGUCAGUCGCUCAAAAAGCGACUGACGGCCGAAGUCGAUGGCCACGGAGAGGACGUACCGAAUUUCCCCGAGCUUCGCGAGCUGGGCGACCUCAGUGACGGCAUGUCCCUUCUUGGCCUGUUGGCCUUUUACGCUCCCGACUUGGUGGACUGGACGAGAAUCGCCACCAACGAGCCCUUCUCCAUGGCCGACUGCCUUUACAAUUUGGAAUUGGUGCACAAAUUUUGCAGCGAGUCUUUGCCCAACAACAUCUUUCACCUAGGGCUGGAAGACAUUGUCUACAUGCACAGUUCGGUGAGACAAAACGUUUUGGCAUUUCUCGCCGAUUUGUUCUACAUCCUGGAAGUUCGUCCAGCCAAGUGUAUCCGGCCUCCUGGAUUGAUGCGAGACCGUUUUCCCAUCAAUGAAGAAUCUUCUUCUCCUUCAACACCCGACGCGGAUGUCGGCGGCCAACUGUCGUCGCCUCUGAGAAAAUCGUUUCACCGUCGAACGAGUUUACAACCGCUGGUGAAAUCCAUUCCCGAUUUACGGAAAGGCAAGAGUAACGCCAUUCGGCGGCAGGGAUCACUACAGGAGCGCGAUCGAACAAAACGCCAAACCGUCCACGAAGACAGCAAUUUGUCGACGCGGAACAAUCUUUAUCCGGAUUGGUGGUGGCCGUGCCAGCACGGACCGACCGAUCAGUGCCACUACUGCCGGCCGUCUUACGCCACCUUAUGGAGCCACCAUGCUCACCGGCAGCAGCAAAAGCACAGACACCACCAACACCAGUGUCACCAACACACGGCCGAUUCCGAUGUGAUGGAGCAAGGGAAAUCCGCCAACAGUCCGCAAAUUGGGACGCCGCAAAUGAGCGGAUCGCCCCGGAGGCGGAUGGAUCAACUCGAACAAAGCCAACAGCAGUUGCAGCAGCCGGACGGAGGAGACGAGUCGUUUGUCGUCCACCGAGGCAAAACGGUCCCGACGCUUUACAAUGUGGUGACGGGCGGAGAGGGAGCCACGCCCAGGGGCUCGCGGGUGGCCGCCAUCAAGGAGCGGUUCAACAUGGACACGAAAGCGGAAGAAAGAGGCGAAGAUCGCUCCUCGUCAUCAUCCGGUCCGGCCGGCGUCCCCUCCAACUGGGAGGAUCGCAAAUCGGGCACCAGCUACGCCGGACGCCGCUCCCGACGCAAUUCCAUCACGGACGACUCGCAUUUGACGAUCGAGAACUUUGGCGGAAGUCAGGACAACUUGUCCAUGUUCGGCCGCAAUCCGGACAAGGAGCCGGCAACUGUUCAGCAGUCGGGUCGGCGGCCUUCGAUUGACGCCUUCACCCCCGAUUCGAUCCCGCCAACCGCCGGAACGCCGUCCACGCCCGCCGGAGUCAAUUAUUGGAGGCGGAACAAUGAUCGCACCCGCUCGCAGGAAAACCUGUCGGACUACUUAAUGGACAACCGUGACGUCGAGGAACAGCUGGACAGGCGCUCGCGGGCCAGCAGCCCUACUUACAGCAGCAUCAGUAGCACGGCCAAGAGCGGCAGCCACAAUGGCAACAAGCAGUUUGUUAUCAUUGCGGCCAAUCCGUCGGAGCCGGCCGAUCUUUACGAGGACCCCAGAGUCAAUUUGGCCAGGGCCACCAAUUUCGCCGAACUUUCCAAACUGCGGGAGAGUCUCGGCUCCAACUCGGCCAUCAACAUCGUCUACAUGCAGCAGGACAAGGAUCCCAUCCAAAGUGCUAAAGGCAGCGCGGUGGGAUCGCCAGUGUCUCAGCACGGCCGUCGGAUCAGCGAGAACCAGCGGAAGCUGGGCGGAGGGAUCACGAUCGCCGAGGCCAUGUCGUCGACGUCGUGGGAGCCACAGACGCCGGUCGUCGACAAAAUGGACGGUCGGCUGGAAGCGCUGAUGCCCGACGACAUGAACUCGACCACCGACCUCUACAGCAUCCGCCUCAAGAUGGAGGAGAAGCGCAAGCGGAUCGAAUCCGACAAGCGCCAGCAGGAGCUUUUGGCCAACCGCCAACGCGAAAAGGUCGGCAAGGCCGCCUUCCUCCAGGCGGUGGCCAAAGGCAAAGGAAAUGCAGACGGACGGGACGGCGGUCACGCCAGUCCUGUCGACUAUUACUCCGCCAUGGAGUCGCCCUCGCGUUCUCACCACCCCGCCAUGCCGCCCCCGCAACAGCAGCAGCAGCAACACCAGCCCCAUCAGCUCCCCACGCCUGAUUAUGAGAUGCCGGAUUACGAUUUCCUUCAGCGUCACCAGCAGCAACAACACCAUCAACAACAACAGCAACAACAACAGCAUCACGGCAUGCCUUACGAUCCUUACCGCAUGGGUCAUCCAAUCCAGCAGCAGCAGUCGCCGAUGAACGGUGGAGGAGCUGGCGGGAUGGAUCCCAACCAGCCCGGCCAGUUUUAUUUGCACGAACCGUCGCCAACGUCUCGUAGGACUUGGGGCCAACCACAGCCCAUCAGUCCGGCACCUCCUCCGCCUUCUAUGGUUUACCGGCCGGACGACAUGCUCGGUUACGGUAUGCCACCACAGCAGCAACAACAACAACAACAACAGCAGCAACCCAGACGGGCUCAAUGGGGUACACCCCAACCGGUUCGGGCCAUGAUGGGUCACCAUGGUUACAUGAUGAAUCCCAAUACGGGCAAUUACAUGGAUGCCCACGGGCCACCACAGGGGGGUUACAUGAUGCAGACUCCGCCCCGUCACCCGAUGGACAACCCGUACGAUGCCCAGCAGCAUUAUUACGCCAAUGGAUCGCAGUUUAACCAGCCCGAUCCGCAGGAUCCUUAUUAUUACAGUCCGGCGCGGACGCAGCAGCCUCAUCCCAUGCAGCAGCAGCCGCCCCAACAACAGCAACCGCCUCCUCAACCGCAUUAUCAACAACAACAACAAGGUUACGGUGGUCCUCCGGCUGCUGGAUCGCCUCACGGUUAUCCGGCUCCGUCUCCUCAGCAUAAUUAUCCGUCGGCGGCCGACCAGAGAGCGCCAUUCCGGCUCCACGCCCCCAACGACCUGGCGGCCGAGCCCGUAGUUCUUCGUUCUCCAGCCCAUCCCAAGCAGCAAGCGGAAAUUCCGGAAUUGCAUCGAGGAUCCGUCCACAACCAGCAGCAGCCGCCGAAAGUGCAGCAGCCGGAGCAGCGGCCGCAGUCGGCCACCAUCACCAGACCCGUUCCGGCCACUCGAACCAUCACCCCGAUCCGCAGUAGUGUGCCCAGCAACGGCGGCGGCCAGUCUUCGUCGUCGACUUCCGCCGCCGGCUCGCCCAUCGGCAGCGGAGGCGUUUUCCACGCGGCCAUGCCCACGCCAUCUAUCGACGACAUGGAGCCGCAAAAUGUUUCCUUCAUCGAGACGCCGUCGGCGACCGGCGCCGACGGUGUGGAUGAAGCGGAUCUCCAACUGCCCCGCCGCCUGCGCAAUUUGAAUAUCACCUCCGGCAACCGGACGUACAGGAUUCCGCACGAGGCCACCCAGUCUUCCCCGCCUCGUCCGGCUCUGUUGAAAACGUUCCGGGCCAGCCCGAGUCCCAGCAGCAGCAGUCCCGUUUCGCCUUCGCCCAGCUCUGUCUACCUGGCCCCCCAGCCCAACUCUUCCGGCUCGGAAUCGCCCGACGAAGCCGUCUUGGACGAAGGAGUCAAAACGGCUAAGCUCAAGGAGAACGUUGAGGCCGAUCGGGGCUUUAUCAUCACCUUCGACGACGUGGCCACCGGCCCCAAGAGACCCAAACCUCAGCUGGGCGCCAAACGCCAACCGUCUCCCAAGAAACUGUCGACCUAUUCCGCCCCGUCCGAGACGACGCCAGUGUCCAGCUCGCCGGCCUAUAAUCACAACAACAAGUCGGGAAGCAGCAGGGAAGGAAGUCCGAGACGAUCGCUGUCGUCAAUGGCCCGUGAAAACCGCGACGACUACUCGCCCUUCACGCCCGAUUCGCGCGAUUCCGGAUUCGGUCAGAACAGCCAGGAGGAGCUGAAGCUGUUCAACAUGGCGACGGCCAUUCCGGGAACAUUGCCCGGCAGUGACCGUACCCUACGCGACUACGACUCUCAAGACGAUGAGAAUCCCACCGGCCUGGUUAUCGGUGACGAACUCGUCAAUCCCGAUCCCGACGCUAUGGACGAGAUGGAGCGCAAAAAGGAAAAGAUCCUGAUGCAGUCGUUGAGGCGCAAGCAGCAACAGGAGGAGGCCCGCCAGCGCAAGGAGCAGGAUGCGCUCCAGCGCAAGGAAGAGGAACGUUCCAAGGAGGAGGAGAAGCAGCGCAAAAAGGAGGACGAAAAAGCCCGUCGGGCCAUCAUUUUCGAACAAUACAAGAUCAAAAAGGCCAUGGAAGAAGCUGAAAAAGAGGGUCGUCCGUACGAGAUGCCGGAUCAGAUGGGAUCGAAAUCCGGGCCAAAAAUGCGGUCCAAAAACAACAACAGCACGCCAUCUCGGCCUCGUCCCAAGACCAUCCACGUGGAAUCCGGACCGCCGGAAUCUUACACUCCUCAUUCUCGCGCCGUGUCCACCAUGUCUGCCAUGUCCAGUAAAGGCAAGCGUGGCUCCGGCAACAAUCUAACAGAAAACCGGAACGAUUCUCGAGGAGAUGGAGUCCGUGGAUCUAAUCCGACUCUCAGCCGACGUGGUUCCAAUUCGAGUCUGCACGGUGACUCUCAAACCCCUAAUCGGUAUCGGACGAUGGAACGAGGACAUUCGGGCCGCAAGGAUCUAUCGGUCCCGAGAUACGGACAAUCCGGAGGCAGCACCCGCAAUUCUCGUGAGGACUUGUACGGCUCCCGCAAUUAUCGCGGCUCUAAUUCAUCCCUCAAUGACGCUGACUCGUACGAGGCGUAUCAUACACCGUUGGUGCAUUCCGGGCGGAAGGGUAGUGGUUUCAUGACAGGCGGGCGACAGGCGGACGCGACGGUAAUGGCGGCCACUGCGGCGGCGGCUUCGGCAAGGCCGGCCGUCCGCUCCAGCAACAACUUGAUUUUACGUCGUAGCGGAUCUCUUAUGGAUUUCAGCGAUGGGGAUGCAGGUGUGGGCGGAAGGGCCAAUCCGCCGUCACGGAGAAUCUCUCCGGCUGUCACGCCCACUUCCACCCCUUUCAGACGAUUCCCGUCGCCAUCUGGUCCUGGAUCCUUGCCACCCGGUUUAGUUAGUAAGCGUCGCGGUUUUGACGAUGGCGCUAGUGAUGUUAGCUCAAAUCAAGAUUAUAUCGGUCCUCGACUGUACAAGCAGCCAGCCGCUCGUUCCAACCGUUCCAUCAUUUUGAACGCGGUCGAGUACUGCGUCUUCCCCGGCGUCGUGAAUCGGGAAGCCAAGCAGCGCGUACUAGAGGAGAUAACCCGAUCAGAGAGUAAAAACUUUUUGGUUUUGUUCCGGGACGGCGGACUGACCUUCCGCGCCCUCUACUCAUUCAAUCCCGAAAAAGAAGAGAUCAUCAAGAUGUACGGCACCGGACCGAAAUUGGUCAACGACACCAUGUUCGAGAAAUUCUUCAAAUACAAUUCCGGGGGCAAGUGUUUCUCACAAGUUCACACCAAACACUUGACUGUCACAAUCGACGCGUUCACGAUUCACGCCGGACUUUGGCAGGGAAAGAAGCAGAGCCUGCCCAACAAAAAAGAUAUGACGUUGGUCAUUUAAAAAGCGAACAAAUUGGGGGAAUUACAUAAAUUGGAUUUCGAAAAGGAAACCGGUUAAAAUUUCUUCCCCCUCCAAAAAAGUUGGAUGAUCCGAUAUUAUUCAUCCGUGUUUCAUUUCAUGAGAGCUGUUCGGAUUGGCCUUUAGUUUUGACACCGACUUGAAAUAUAAAACAAAAAAUUAAGAAAAAGGGAAGAGGGAAUUGAAAUAAUCAGAUGACCCAACAUAAUCAAUCGGCGCAUUUUUUUUGUUGUUUUUUUUUUUUUUUUUUUUUUUCAUUUCCGUUUGUUUUUACAUUGUGUGUUUUUUUUUUCUUCCGGCUAACCCCUCUUUGACAUUCCUAUUGGCUAACGUGAUAACCUUGCUGUAUAGGGAUCGCCAAAGUUGAAUUACCGUCACGUUCGGGAAUUAAUUUGAUGAGAUUGAGGAAUUUCUUUUCUUUUUUGGUAUUUUUGCUCCAUCCACUUUUAAUUGGUCCGCCCCCCCCCCCCUUCAUCUUGACCACUUGAAGAGAUUAACCCGCUUACCUGGCGACAUUCAAAAAAUAAUAAUAAAAAAAAAGUCGAUCAUUUUUUCUUUCCACAUCAAUUGUUAGUUUUUUUUUUGUUCUGGUCCCCCCCCCCCCCAAUAUUAUUUCAGCGUCCUCCUCUACAUAGUGUACUCCGUUUUUAAGAAAAAAAGUAACCCUCCAUUCGCGCGCUCUCCUAUAACCGCGACUGCUAACUGAUGUGUCAAUUGAUCACUUAUUUUUCCCUCACACAGCCCGCCCUCACAUUUGAUCCAGUGCCGUUUUUUCGUUUCUUUCAAGCAAUUAUUAAAAGGAGAGCCAAGGGCAUUCCUCAUCCAUUUGUUUGUUUUUUCUUUCUUUGCGUACGUGUUGUGUAGCGGUGAAGCUGCACAUUGAAAAAAAAAGAAGAGGAAUUGAACAGCAGAAACAAUACAAACAAAAAAAUGCGGCUGCAAAACAGAAUGUUGGAAAUUUAGUUUGACGAUCGCGUUUGCUGUCACCUGUAAAUAGCGUUGUGUAGUUGAUAAGCGUUGGCCAGCAAACCAACCGUCAAACAUUGUAACAGCUUGAGCCAUCAAUAUUUUUUUUUUAUUUCUUAAUUUGUACCCCUAUUUUAUUGUGUUGCCUCUACUCUUUUUUUCUCUUCUUCCUCGAUUAUGUUCUUGUUUAAUUCCUACCACUUCGUUUGUUCCAACUUUUGUUUAUUUUCUUUUGCCCGUUCCUUCCUCCUUUUUUGUAGUUCAUCACGCGAGUUAAUAUUUUUUUCCUGUCUUUCCUAACGAACUUACCUGCCUGCCCGUCACGGGCGUUAUUCUCUAUCCUCUACAUUCAUAUGUGCAGCAGCUGCCAAGUUCAAUACAAUAACCAACAUGAACCAGA